AUGCCCCCUCCUCCCGGCAGAUACGGCCCCCAGGGCCUAGGCGCUCCUUAUACACUUCAACAGGCUCAUCUCCAAUCCCAACACCCGGCCCACGCCCAGUCCGCCAACACCGCUCUGCCUCCCCCUUCGCUCGGUGGCCACCCUGGUUUUGCCGGAAACCCGAAUACAAACAUGAAUCCCUUUACUUUGUCCAGCGCUGGUGUGGCAAAUGGCAUGACGGUCGCUGGCUUUGCAGGCGCCGGCGUUGAUGGUGGUGGCACGGGGCUCGCAAGCCAUGCGGCACAAAUGGGGUUCGCGCGUGGAGCACAGAUGCAGCAGCAGCAACUAAACCAAGGCCAUGAUGGGCGGUUAGCUCUCGAGUCGAAGGCAGGCGCGGUCAAAUCCCGGAUACGAGACGUAUGGAAGCACAACCUGGCUCACGAGAUGGCAAUGUUGAGACAGUUGGUGGACAAAUACCCAUAUAUCAGCAUGGAUACCGAGUUCCCAGGAAUCGUUGCGCGACCGAUCGGCUCGUUCACGAACAAAGCAGACUACCAUUACCAGACUCUCCGAUGCAACGUCGAUCUGUUAAAGAUGAUCCAGCUAGGAAUCACACUUUUCAAUGAAGAUGGGGAGGUUCCACCGACAACAGCUACUGAUGCAAAUGGGCAACCAUACGGCAACGCUAUGAUGCCUGCUCCCUGCACAUGGCAGUUCAACUUCCGGUUCUCCUUGGAGGGCGAUAUGUAUGCGCAGGACUCAACGACAAUGCUUGCCAAGUCGGGCAUCGACUUCAACAUGCAUGAGAAGAACGGUAUUGAUCCUUUCGAAUUUGGGUCAUUGCUAAUCAGUUCUGGCCUCGUGCUGCUGGACGAUGUUCACUGGGUCUCUUUUCACUCAGGCUAUGACUUUGGUUACUUGAUGAAGAUCAUGCUCUGCUCCCCAUUGCCCGAAAACGAAGAGGAGUUCCAUACACUCCUGAACAUCUUCUUCCCGUCUCUAUACGACAUCAAGUACCUGAUGAAGCACGCUGGCCGUAACGGCGCGGUCAACGACUCCCCUCUCACCCAAGCUGCAGCACAGAUCCUCAAUAACCUCGGCCAAAAAUCCGGUCUCCAGGAUAUCGCAGACGAGCUUGGCGUGAAGCGGGUGGGAAUCGCCCACCAAGCCGGAUCGGAUUCCCUGGUCACGGGCGAGAUCUACUGGAAGAUGCGCCAGCUCGUCUUUAAUGGCAAGAUCGACGAAAGCAAGUACUCGGGUCAAAUCUGGGGGUUGAAUGGACAGAUGCCAGCCAUGACCUACCACAUGGCGCAGCAGACACCAAAUCUGAACGGAGCCACUAUCUACUCCGCCGCCGGUACGCCCAGCACGCCUAAUAACGCCCACACACCUCAGCACCACUCCGGCUACCCAACACCUGGCCGGUAG